UUCAACCAGUCUAAGCUUGCACGUAUCUGUCUGACUACGUAUUUACUUUGUGCGUACUUAUAGUACAGAUUGAUAUUACAGUUUGGAAAUGGAUCCUUACCAAUUGUAUAAUGAGGCAUCAUGUAGAAGAGAAGGUGCAACAUACAGCAGAAAAACCUACAGUAGAAAUGGCACCACCUACAGCAGAAAAAGCCCAGAAAGCCGCGCAGAAACAACAAGCCUCACAGAAUCGGAAAAAAACGGCAUUGAAUCGGCAGAAGACAGCGCUGAAGCGGUAGAAAACUGCACAGAAACAACAAACAUCACAGAAUCGGAAGAAAACGGCGCUGAAUCGGAAGAAGACAGCGCUGAAGCGGAAGAAGACAGUGCUGAAGCGGAAGAAAACAGCACUGAAUUGGAAGAAUACAGCGCUGAAGCGGUAGAAUCGGCUGUGCCUCUUCUGUGCAGUUGCACAGAAGAUGCAACUUGGACAGUAGAAUGCAAUCAUGAAAUGAGGAUGGCAUUAUUGGCGGACCUGGAAAUCGGUGAAUAUACUGAUGUCAGCUUCGUAGUUGGCCCAGAGACCAAUCUAGAUAUUGUCUCUGCCCAUCGACUUCCGCUUGCUUGUGUGAAUGCCGAAUUCCGAAACUUGUUUGAAAAGAAUUAUGGUGAUGCAAUUAGAAUAAACCCGAAGAUUCACGUGCAAGGGUUUACAGUUUUGAUUAGGUAUCUGUACGGCGAUGUAGAUUAUCUUCCGAGUGAUGCAAUUGGCCUCUUCAGAACCCAUGCCGCAGCUAAGGAAUUCAAGGAGCAAGAGCUGCUCCGAAAAACUAAACUUAAAAUGAACGCUGUUGUUAAGUAUGCUGGCGUGUUAAAAUCACUAGAAAUUGCUAUUGAAAACAAUUUUAAAGGAUCGAAGGAAUACGCUUUCCAAAAAAUUUCGUAUAAUUUCAGAAAUGUUUUAUUAACAGAGGAGCUUUUUCAGACCCCCAUCCAUAUAGUAGAAGAAAUUACAAAAAUAGCGAAAUACGACAAGGAUUUUAAACUAUGGGCCCUGAUUUCUGCCUUAGAAUAUGCAAGAAUUAACUAUUGUUCUGAGGCCGAAAUACGUCGUUUACUGCAACCAUUGGAACCUGAAAAGAUUGUGCCAUCAGAAGAAGAUAUUCGGUUUAGAAAGACUAUGGCAGAUUUCUCAGAAUAUCAACAUAAUAUUGUUGCAAGGUGGUUAAAUUCAGUAGAAUUCCAAAACCUAAAAAUAUAUGCUUCUCAGGAGAAUACACAAGAACCGGAGCAGAAAAAGCCUAGGCUCUUAUAGGAUGAAAGUAGGCCUUGACUGAAAAGAUUAUGCCAUUAGAAUAAGACAUUCGGUUUGGAAAAAUUGAUAGAUUUCCCACUAAAUCAGCAUAAUAUUGCCUCAAGUUGGUUUAUCUAACACCAACCUUAAAUAUUUUGUUAUUUUUCCAUUCAGUGCUCUGAAUUUUAGACCAAUUGUUAUUAAUUUUGCGGAAAAGGAUUGUUUCAGUUUUCUCCACAUUAAAUAUGUUCUUCCAUCGUUUAAGCUAGUUUUCUAAUUUUCUAAUAUAACUUUCCAGUGGGAGAAUUACCGUCACUAAUCAAAUCUGCAGAAUAUUUCAUCCUUUAAUUAAUACAAAUGAUUUAAAAUUUCAUCUGUAAGAUAUAUGAUAGGCGUUUUAUGGAAGUCUUACAAGGAAAUGCGGGGAAUAAUUGAUUUGUAAAACAUAAUGAUCACCAUUCUUUUUAUGAACAAGAGACGAUUUUUUUAUAUAUCGAGAGCUACUCUGAAUAUGUCGCUAAAUCAUGUGUAUUAAACAAUGGUCCCAUCAGUGCCUUGCUAAUUUUGUAAAAGAAGUAGGCAAAGUUGAUAACUCACGCAUUAAUUAUCUUAAAGAAAAAUGGUAGGUUGCGCAACUAAACAUCGUGUGAUAAACUUUUUAAAAACUUUAAUCCAGAACUGUAAACUGGAUUGUAUAUGCCCAUUUUUACAAUUAAUGACAGAAUUUUUUUUUAUUCAGGCCUAAGACAUAUUGUGUGGGCUUCUAAGCUAUCAAUAUCUACAAAUUUCAGCUUCAAUUGUUACAUGAAUACCUAAUAGAUAACUGUUAUUUUCAAUUAGCAGUUCGUUUUCUGAUCAUAACUAAAUCAUUUAUAUAGAUUAAUAUUUCUUUGUAUUUGCAAAAUAAGAAAUUGAAUAAAGUUUAGGAAAACUAAUGAAAUGUAUUAACAAAUAGAAUUUUAAUCUGUCAAAUCUGGGGCUCAGGGAUGGGGGGGGGAAUUUUAUAAGAUGUAGAAUCUGAAAUUGCCAUUCAGAAUUUAAAAAAAAUGUGAAAUGUGUAAUAAUAAUGUUGUGUAAUAAUAAUGUUGUGUAAUAAUAAUGUUGUGUAAUAACAAUGUGUAAUAAUAAUGUUGUGUAAUAACAAUGUGUAAUAAUAAUGUUGUGUAAUAACAAUGUGUAAUAAUAAUGUUGUGUAAUAAUAUGUUGUGUAAUAAUAAUGUUUCUCUACUAACCUAUCUAAUUAGCUGUAAUAACAAUGUUGUAGUUUCUGUGCUUAUUAUUUCGAUUCACAUAAAUAUUUAUAUGAAUAGAAAAUGUCAUAUAUAAUCAAUUUUUUGAAUAAAAAUAAUGUUAAAAUAAAAGAUGUACGUAUUAGUUAAUUUAAUUAAUCAAUGCAAAAUAAUACUGUCAGAUUUUUGUCAUUUUAAUAUUAAAAUUUGAGUUGAGUAUUUUAAAAAUUAUGAAGGGGAACAGUCGGUUACUUUUUAAGUGUAAAUUUUUAAAAAUUGUACACAUAAAAAAAAUAAAAAUUAUUAAGACAUAGAAGUUAUUUAAUUUUCUAUUAAUGAUUUUUUUAAAAAAAAUUUCAAUAUAAAUUUAAAAUUAUUCUGAUAAAAACCUGUCAGCAUUAUCUAGUAUUAAUAAAGUUUUCUCACCUAAUACGUAAUUGAUUAUAGUUAUUUUUUGUAUAAGUAGCAUAAUUUUUUUUCGUCCGAUGUCUUGUGAAGAUAAUUUUGUAUAACUCAUCUUUAUCGAAUUUACUAAUUAUUUUAAUCUUUAAUGUUUGUAAAUAUAUUGAUUCUAUUCAAAUUGCUCUUAAUUCUAAUCAUUUUUCCUUGUAUUAAUUGUAUUGCUUUGUUUUAUUGUACUUUGUGUUUCUUUGUAUUAAUUAUUGCUGAAGAUAAUGUUGCCAAUUUAAAUAAAAGAUGAGGCUGGAUUCAACAUCCAAACAUCGAUUAAAAUGUGAAAAGUUAUUUUUUAAUCAAUGAUUAAAGUUUUAGAAUUUUUUUUUUUAAAUAGAUAUUUUUUCAAAUUUUUCUAUAAAAACUAUUUAUAGGAUUUUUCAAAAAAAAAAAAAAUCCUAUAAGUAGACAAUUUUUGAGUUUAUGUAUUCAUGCAUAUACGAAAGUGCUUAGUAUUUUUCGGUAUGGUGCUUAAAAAGUGCUCAAUUUUUGCAUCCAUUUCACACUACGCACCCUACCGGGAAUGUUUAGCCAUUCAUAAUUUUUUUUCUUUACUUUAAAACUUUAAAGCAAUUAUAUAAUGCCAUUCAUAAAUCAGGUGAUUGCGUUAUAUAAACGUACGAUAGAUGUUCGCUGCAAAGUGAUUAAUAGAAUUGUGAUAGUGGAAAAUAUAAAUUGAAGAUCUUCCGAACAUUGUGCCUGUGGCUCGUCGGCCUUCUACAAAUUUAUCGUAUUUUCCACUAUCUCAAUUCUAUUAGAAACUUUGCAGUUAGCAUCUUUUAUACGUUUAUAUAACACAUUUACCUGAUUUAUAAAUGACGUCAUAUAUUUGCUUUCUCUUCAGCGUGAAAGAAUUUGUAUCUCAUCGUCACCAACGGUGCUUCAAUCAUCCUAUUUUUCUUAUGUUAGCGUAGUUAAUAUUUAUAAAAUAUUCAACAAUUAAAGAAAAGGAAGAAACUGGAGCUGAAGAGCAUAAAAGGCAUAAACUCAUUGUUUCCAAAAUAGUUUGAAAGCUCAGCAUGAUUUUGUUCAAAAUUUGUUUAUAAACAAUUUUUUUGUUGUUGUUGAAAUAUUAUAAAUAUGUUCCUAAUAACACAUGAUAUUGUAAAAUUUGAGAAAAAAAAUAUUGUAUAAUAUUGUGUUACACUAUUAAAACAAUGUAAAAUUACCAGCUGGUUGUGCACAGAUAUUUUUUAUGUUGUUAAAUAACAUGAUUUUUAUUUUUAUGAUUGUUAAAUAUUAUUAAAAUCAGUUCAAUUCGAAAUAAAAUAAACUUUGAUGUAUUCAACUGUAAAAAAAUCAAAUUUGUAUAAUUUAUAGAAUAACAGCCUU